AUUUGAUGCUUAUUUUUAUUUUGAGGUAAACAUAUUUAUUUUUAUAAAAAAGUAUUCCAAAAUGAGCUGUAAUAAUGAAUUUGUGUUCCACCUAAACUAUGGCGCCAUAGUGUUGCUUCCAUCAGGCAUAACUAUGGCAGAAAGACGAACAGCAAUAAAGAAUUUUAACAAUGCAGUGGUAGUGAGCCAACAACCAUUAGUGAAUGAAGCAAUGUUUGAGGUAUGUAUUGAGGGUAUUGAUGAAGGGCGUUCAGAAUCAUUGGAGAUUGGUGUAACUACAGAACCUCCUAACACAUAUGAUAAUGCCAAUCAGACACAGCCACUUAAUGGAACUUCUUUCCAAUGUGCUUCCGAAACAUGUGACUCAUCAGAGCUCAGCAUAAAUGAUAGUAAAAGCUAUACUCAAACGAUUGAUUUACGUUGCUUGAAGGUUGGAGAUUGUGUUGGCAUCAUGAGAAAGAGAUCAGGUUCUCUUCAAUUUUUUAUCAAUGGUGUAGGAUAUGGGAAGGAGCAUUUAAAUGUACCUGAAAACAUCUAUGCAGUUAUAAACUGCUAUCAAGAAAAUAUAAGGGACAAGAAAGAAAAAGUUGAGUCAAACCAGUUGCAUGUUCAACAACUUAAUAAUCAGUGCAGUGCAGUUACACAAUCUAUUUCUGAAUUGCAGAGACUGGACGAAUCAACUCCUAAAACUGACAUGUCUAAGGAAGAAGUGAAUAGUUUGAGCAACAGUGACAAAGAUAUUUGUGUAGGCGAGGAAAGUUUAAGUGAUCAUAUCCAAAGCCGAAUUAGUGAGAUCAGGUCUUUUACUGAAGGAGUUACAAGAUUAUUUACAGACACAGACAUUGAUACUGACUUUGAGCUUCCUAAAAUACGAACAAGAGGAACUUGGAGACCAGAGCCAGAAAAUACUGCUCAUACUGACAUUCUAAGUCCUUCUGAGGAAGCGCAUGUUGAUACCAAUGAAAAUGAAAGUAAUACUGAGUGUGGUGAUAAUGCGUCCGCUGCAGUUUUGACAAGUUCCAUUGAUCAAAUUGACAUGAAUUGCCCGUUAAGAUUCCAUCCCAGAUGUGGUUUAUUUGUGCGAGUUAUUAAUGAAGGGAAGACAGCGCUUCGACCAAAUGCAUUUUCUGAGUUUAACAACGCGAUCACUCUAACCAAUAGACCGCUCAAAGACAAUGAAUUAUUCGAAGUGAAAUUAGAUCGAAUCAUUGAGAAAUGGGCCGGAUCUAUUGAAAUUGGCUUGACGUCACACCAACCUCAUUCAAUUGAAUUUCCUACAACCAUUACAAAUAUAUUAAGCAAAACAAUUGUCUUUUGCGGAAACUCAAUUGUGCGGAACGGUGUCACGAUAAGAGAUGACUAUCCAUUCAGCACUGACAAUUUAAAGGCUAAUGACAAAGUGAGUGCAUCAAGGAAAACAAAUGGUGACGUCCAUUUUUAUGUGAAUGGACGAGACUUGGGUGUUGCUGAUCAUAAUUUCGAUUCUUCUCCAUUUGGAAUUGUUGAUGUUUAUGGCAGAGCAGCUAGAAUAUCAAUAAUCAACAUUUCAGACGCAGAAGCUCUUUGUACAUCUCAUCUAAUAAAUGCAGACAGGAUCUUGACUAAUGCACUGGAAACUAUUCGAAAUAUUGAGCAGUCCUUACUAAUACCUUCAACGACAAAGAAGAAGAAGAAGGAAGCCUUAAGUUUUCACUUAACGCAUCAUGGGAAAAACAUUGAGGUGUCUGCAGACGGCAAAAGAGCUUCUCGAAUAAAUCCUACUCAACAGUUCAAUCAUGCGGUGUUGUUUAGUAACAGACCUUUAGAAGAUAACGAGGUGUUUAUGGUGGAGGUUGGGAAUGUGAUUAGUUCCUGGGUUGGAUCUAUUGAAAUGGGUGUAACAACUCACAAUCUUGCUACGCUGCAACUACCAGCUACAAUGACCGAUUUGGACCGUGACACCUGGAUGUUGUCAGGCUGUAGCGUCAUUCACAGUCAAGCUUUUCUCGAAAGCAACUACCCCAUUGAUAUGGAUGAGAUAAAAUUGGGGAUGAAAUUGGGCAUGUUUUGGAAAGGAAAUGGCGAACUUCACUUUAUGGUGAAUGGUGUUGACAAAGGCGUGGCAGCCACAAAUGUUCCUGCUGGCGCUUAUGGGUUUUUCGAUUUGUAUGGUAAAUGUACGCAAGUCAGACUAUGUGGAAAUACAUCUUUACCAGAUGAAUCAACAACGGAGAUGUCUUUCUAUAGCAGUACAGCCACGCUAAAACAUCACACUUCCACUUCUGUGGAAGCUCAUCGCGAAGACAUAAGCAGCGCCAAUCACGUUUUCUAUACACGUUGCUUGAACUUUGAUGAGAAAAUAAAGGUGACUAUCAACGCAAAGUGCGACUCGUAUAUGAAGUCGUUAACACUUGGUUUAAGUACCUGCAAAUCACUUGAGCAAGCUAGUACGGUUUCCUGGAAGUGGUGUGAUGACGUCAUGAAGUGUAAUAGUGACGUCACUUGUUCUCCCUUAACUACGUCAUUGCGUCACUUAGAGGAAGGCUGUAAUGCCAGUCUACAGCGUCGGAGAGAUGGUACCUUACAUUGUAGCGUCAACAACCAUCAUCUGGGCGUGGCAGCUUGCAACAUACAUGAGAAGGUUUAUCCGUUUGUGAUUAUGGAUGGUUGCAUACAGGCUGUUGAAAUUAAUAUUGAGAAAGAAGAAAACACAGGUUGUAGUUGUCACCAAAUUGACAAUUGUUAUCAGGAUAACUCGUUUAGCCCCAGUGAUGCGUAUUUCAGUGCUUGUGAUUGCGGUCAAAAUAUAUCCAUCGAUGGUAACGGCACUACAGCGAAAAGAAUGAAAGCUUUCAAUUGCGGCUUGGUACUGCUAAAGCCAUGUCUCAGAGCUCAUCGAAAGUUAAAGAUAAAAUGCACACGCACAAACAAUUUAUUCGAUGGAUUCUUACGAAUUGGACUGCUUUCAAAAAUUCCAAAAAAUCUAACUUCCGCAAGUUCCAUAUACAACAUGCGCUGUGAUGUAUUUCUGGAUGGAAAUCAAGUGUUCUAUAAAUCCAAGGUGCGUCAAAAAAGCGACACAUUUACUCUUGAAAAACUCCGAUUUAAUUCAUGUCUUACUAUUUCGAUGGACGUGCAAAAUGAUAUAUAUUUACAAAUAAACGAUGAGUCAGCGUUUUUAUGGUAUAGCUGUCCAGCAUCGACGCAUUGUUAUGUAGUAUUGGACGUGUACGGUGCAUGCGAAGAAAUAUCGAUUUUAUAAUAUUCUAUUCUGCUUAAUGCACGUUCUACCACAAUUUAACAUUAAUUUAACAUUAAUUUAAAAUGAUUUAAAGUGAGGAGGUAUCUAACGAUAAUCCCUGUCCAUACCUUAUUUUUUACUUCAAGGAAAAUUUGUGUUUUUUAUAUUUAAAUUGACGGGUAAUUUGCAGCUCCCAUGCGCCAUUAUGACUAUUUCUUUUCAGAUAUGUUGCCUGUCUUUUCGAAUGUUCUGUGUGGGCUGGGCUCUUCUUGUGCCCCCUGGCUAUAUUCACACCGCCCUUUAAGGAGAUUACUGAAAUACC